ACCGCGGGUUGGAUCUGAAUCAAGAGACACUCGGGACCCGCGGGAUCGUCUGCAUGCGGUGGCUGAGCGGCUCAGCCAAGAACGCGUGGAUGUAGACGACAUUGAUUCACAUGCUUCUGAAGGGAACUAUAUUCCUUUCGCUUCCUGUCAUUCGUGCCUACCUACUUUCCCUGCGACCAUUCCAAUCUCAUCAAUCGCAUUUGCCACCACCAUCUCACCUGCUUACUCGUAAUCAUACUAUCCAAAGCGCCACCACCCCAGAAACCAAUCCCGUCAUCGUUUCCAACCCAGUUGCCAGACAGCCAAUCCCCCAGACCAACCCCCCACACAUACCACAAUGGAACCCCGAAAACCCUCCACCGAAACCGACAGACGCCACCUCCUCGCCUCCUCAGCAUCAAGCAUCGCCCCCUCCGACUCCGUCUCCGUGAUAACCGCAAGGCACGGCGACAACGACGGCGACGCCACACCACGCGCCCGCUCCCCCGCCCGCUCAAUCGCCACAACCACCAAAACCAGCACCUCGCAACCCUACCGCGGCUUCCCCUCCGAAGAAGCCUACCUCGCCGCCCUGCGGGCCUGGGCGGACGGGCAGAAGUUCACGUCGUUUGACACGAGCUUGAUUGGAUUCUACGGCGAGCGGACGGCGGAGGAGAUUGCGAGUCAGCCGCGGCCGGAGUUUGGGCUGCGGAAGAAGUGGAGGGCGCGUAGGGAGAGGAAGAAUUCUGAAGCGCAGGCGCAGGGCGUUGGGGUUGGGCAGACGACGGUGGAGCAGAGGCGCGGGACGGUGGGGUGAUGUUUCUGUAGAGAGGGGUGAUAGGGUAACGACUUGAUGACUGGUGGACGGCGCUUUUGUUGAAACAUACGGGAUGAGAUUGUAUUGCAUUGAAGACAUCUGCGGGGUAUAAGUAUCGCAAUCACAAU